CUAGUAUGUUAGAACACUGACACGAGUGCUUGUAUUUGGCUGUUCUAUUCCAUACAUGUAAUAUCUAGACGUUUUCCUGUAAUAUUCUGACAUUUGACAUCUAAAGAUUUUUUAAACCCUGAGAGAUUUAUCAGUUGCCAAAACGCAGGAAUUAGGCAUUUAACGUUCUGCUGAUUUGGUUUUUGUCAUGCAUUUAACAAUAAUCAUUACUUGAUCACAAUUAGCAGAGCACCUAGCGAAAGGAAUGAUUUUUAAAGCGCUGUGUUGCAGAUGAACGUCUGGUUGGUUAUCAGGACGGACAGGAUUGCAAUCAUUGUUUACACUAUGAUAAGCUUAUCUGCUGCACAUUAUGGACUGAUAUUGCAUGUGACCAGUUGAAGAGAGCCUCAUUUCAGCGUGUCACAGUGGAAGGGACGUCUGUAGCUGAAGAUGUCGGACAACACUGCAAUGGUGAUAGCUGCAGGUGGCAUUACAGCAUUUUUGGAAGUAUGCGCUAUGCACCCCCUUGACGUGGUGAAGACGUGUUUGCAGCUGCAGCACUCACCGGUAGCCGGAUCCACACCCAAGGGCGUAGCCCAGUACUACUACACAGGAGUUGUCAACUGUGUUCGGACUGUCUACCGCCAGGAGAGCUUCCUCUCGCUGUGGAAGGGAGUCAUCCCUCCCAUACUCAUUGAGACUCCGAGGAGAGCAAUGAAUUUUCUUCUCUUUGAAAACUAUGAGCAGCACCUCUUGUUUGGGGCUGAAACAGCAAAACCAUUGACGUAUUUUGCAACAGGGUUGUGUGUCGGUGUGACCGAAGCGAUUGUGAUGAAUCCAUUCGAGCGUGUGAAAGUGACCCUGAUGGCAGACAGGUCACCUGUGGAGAAGGCGCCCAGCACGUGGGAUGUCCUAAAGAAGAUCGUCAGCAACAAGGGCUAUGGUGUGGAAGGCCUCAACAGGGGAAUGUCUGCUACAAUAAUUAGUCAUGGGAUUUUCAAUAUGGUGUAUUUCGGUGUCUAUAAGUCGCUCAAGAGCCGUCUUCGACCAUUUUCUGAUGAAACGCUGUACCUGUUCCACAUAAUGGGCAUUGGCUUUGCAGCUGGUACGCUGGCAUCCAUAGCCAGUAAUCCAUUUGAUGUUGCAAAGACUCGAAUACAGGGCCCUCAGCCAGAACCCGGUGUCAGAAAAUACCGGUCCCCCCUUACUACUGUGGCAACCAUUUACAGAGAAGAGAGAUUGCGAGCUCUUUUCAAAGGUCUGCUUCCGAGACUUCUGCGAAGAGGUGUUGGAAGUGCCCUGAUGGUGGCUGCUUAUGACUACACGUAUCGGUACCUUACCGAUGGAUUCUCAGAGUAGUUCUGUUGGUGAUAUAAUCACAGUUUGUGUCUAGUUUCUCUAGUCCUGUCAGCAAUGGAGUGUCUGCAUCAACAGAAUUGCAUGGGAGCAUAUGGGUCUUUUUCCUGGGAUUUUAAACACUAGUAUUAUAGAACAUUCUAGAUGGCAGGAGCCAUUAAGCUGAGCAAGUGAUGUGGUAACAGGUUGUGAAACUUAUCUGUGCCUUGAUCACUGUUAAUGCUUUGGGAGCUGAAUGAAAAUAUUGGUGAUUGCUUUGUGGAUUAUUUUUAACACUGAAAAGAUUUUAACAUUUCCUACAAUGUGUGUAGAAUAUCAUUGGUGCUAACUCA